UGGCCGAUAGUCAAUGACUGAAGGGCAAAUCCAAGAGAAAUAGUUUUGAAUUCGAAAUAACGGGGAAUUUCAAAUAACCGAGUUCGAAUAAGCGAGGUCCAACUGUACAAAUUUAUUGGAUUUGCGAAAGGUUAAAUUAUUAAACAGCUUAAAAAUCGCGACAGUUGUAGUUUUACGAGAGAUAUGUACACGUUACCGCUAAUACGGAGACUUCAUAGUGUCUUACCUCGUCAGAAGAUGACGAAAAGACUGUUUGAUUGUCCUGACCAGAAUAUGAACUGAUACAGUGUUCAUUCCUUUACGGUUUACAGGGAUGGCGAGUUUGCCUUUAAGUACGCCAAGAAAAGGAAAGCUGAAGAUAUGCUCGCUUUCAUGAAAGAUCCCCAGAAGCCCGCCCCACCUCCACCGCCACCCGACUGGAGUAAGGAGCCUGGUAAGGUGCAUUUCCUUACGAACGAGACGUGGGAUAAAUUCAUAGGAGAACAUUCCUCAGUGCUGGUCAUGCUGUUCAAUCCUCGCUGCGGUUAUUGUAAAUCCAUGAAGCCAGACUACUUCAAAGCCGCAGAGAUCCUGAGUGAGGAACUGCCAUCCGUGGCGUUAGCCGCCAUUGACUGCACUCAAUUCAGGUCCUUCUGUAAACAAAUGGAAAUUGCAGGAUAUCCCACAGUGAGGUACUUCAAAAACGGCGCAUUUGAUAAAGAAUACGAGGGUGACAGAUCGGCGGAGGACUUAGUCACUUUUAUGAAAACAAUGAGCGGUUCGCACAAUAUACCCGACGAAAAGGAAGCUGGCAAAGACGUCGAACCAGAAGGGUUAAAGAUCUUGACGGCUGCAAACUUUGAAACGUUCUUGUCCCAAACAGAGCACGUCAUAGUCAUGUUCUACGCACCAUGGUGCGGUCAUUGUCAGAACGCAAAGCCCAAAUUCCUAAAAGCUUCGGAAGCAUUUGCCGAUGAACCAAGCAAGGCGUUUACUACUGUGGACUGCACCCAAGACAGCGAUUUGUGCGACAAACAAGGCGUCAACGGUUACCCGACCAUCAAAUAUUACAGAUAUGGCUCUUUUGUGGUGGAAUACGAUGGAGACCGAACAGAGCAAGACUUUUUGGCCUUCAUGAAGGCACCUCCUAACCCCCUCCCCCCUGAUCAGCCUGAUAGCAAGCCGGAUGACAAAAGAGACGAACUUUAACUGGUUAUAGUAGUUUUCUUCUAGAUUAUUAGUUCCUUGACAUUAUACUCUUCAGUCCUUGUUACACCAAUGUUCUUCACGAAAUACUAUUCGAGAAGGCCGAGAGUACCUGCUCGGUAAUUGCCGAACGUUUCCAAUAUUUCUACGAAGAACACCGAAGUUCUCUGAAGUAAAGUUAUUUCCAAUUGGGCUCUCCUGUUACACAGGUUUCCUUUUUUUAUUUUACUUAACUAGAUCGUUAUAGUAAUUAUGAAAUCAUCUCAUGAUAGUUUUUUCCUCAAAAUUCAUACUCGCAAAUUUCUACCUUUUUACGACGGAGCCUUCAUAGCCAUUUUGAAAUUUUAUGACUAUUUAUUCCAGGAAUGAAAAGCACACACAAAAAAAUACUCUACUCGAAGCUUUAACGAUUUUAAUAUAAUGAACACUUGUGAAAGCAAGUGUUAGUGUUUAGACGGAAACAAUUUCCGAGAAACUUUCUCGAGGAAGCUCUCGCUUAAAACAGUAACAAAGUUUAUUGCAAAAGAAAUUAUUGGCAAUGCCAGAGAUCGAUGUCAUGCAACACAUCAGGUAGUCGUCACACAACGCUUUUUCCGCGAACGUUAGGUGACAAUCUUUUUCGUCUGUAAAGAAGACCAAAUACAUUAACUCUAUUUUUCAGCACACAUUUUUUCACGGAGUGUUUUUUCUCAUGAAAAUGGUCGUGUCGUUAGAUCUAAAUUGCAGAUCGAAAUAAAUGAAAGUGUAUUUUA